AAAGAAUAUCAAAUUUAUGGCUAAGCGAAGCGAAAAGUGAUAAACGCGAGUUCUAGUCGUAAAAAAACCAUAAAGAAAAUUAAAUUCGAUCUACCUUUUUAAUAUCAGCCUUUGAACGGACGAGGCCGGUAUGAAACGAUUAAUUGUGUUACUAUUAUCCUCAGUAUCAAUAGAAACUGAAGCCUAUCCUCAACCGAGGAUUCAAGUAUACGAAAUAAGAAAAUCAAAUGAAAACCGUGAUGUCAAUACCCAUUUCUAUGAUCCAGAUGGUACAAGAAACGAUGAUUUCAUGGAUUUUUUUUCCAAAAUUCAUAAAAAAAUUAAUUUAAAAAGCCUUAAUAAAUUAAUACAGAUACUGUCCGCUAAAGAACCUAUCAAUCACCUACAAAAAAAAUCCAAUAAAGUUUAUUCAAAGGAUCGAAAUGAAUUUAAAAAAAUCGAUAGUGACCGCUUGAGUCGAGAUGAUAUUGUUAGGUUUGAUGAUAACGAAGCUAAAUCAGAAGACCUUAGUAAAUUGAUCCAGUACCUAACGAGGACUGAUGAAGAUAGAAGUUAUGAUAAUACUAGCUUUGAAGAUCUCACCCGAAGUUCACCUCUAGUUAUUGUAUCAGUAGAUGAGCAACCACAGGACGUAACCGCACUCGGAAAGCUACUACGCUCACCGCUACGAACUCAAUAUUAUGAUGACAGAACAGCAUGAUGAGCAGCAGAUGGCCUUACGAUAACGACUAUUGAUGAUCGCAACUUGAAAAAUAGUAUAAAAUAAUUAUAAAAUGAAGAUAAAUAGAAUGAUGUAAUUUUUCUUAAGCCAAUAAACCUAUAAAUCUAGAUUACAUUGCUA